AUGUCUUUCCCAGACCAAGCCCCCACGAAGGAGCAGGACUCUCCCUUUGACGACAAAAAUGGGUACUAUCAGCCCUAUGACAAUGAGCAACAACCGUCCGGACGGCGCAACUCGAUCCUCAUCGACGGGAAGUCGCCUGGUGUUGCCCGUAUCGAGGCGAUGAAUCAAGUUAUCACCCGGAUGGACCGAGUAUUCCUCUUCUUCGGUGUCUUCCUCAUCGCAUACGCCUACGGUCUUGAUGGAACUGUGCGCUACACCUACCAAACCUACGCGACGGCGUCAUACGCGUCUCAUUCCCUCCUUGCCACCAUCAAUGUUGUGCGUUCGGUCAUUGCGGCUGCAGCGCAACCAACUGCGGCCAAGGUCGCCGACGUGUUUGGGCGCUUGGAGUUGGUUUGUGUAAGCGUUGUCUUCUAUGUGGUUGGGACCAUUAUCGAAACCUGCGCAACCAACGUCAAUACUUUUGCCGGCGGGUCCGUUCUCUACCAGAUUGGCUACACUUGUGUUAUCCUUCUGGUGGAAGUCAUCGUGGCCGAUAUCACGUCUCUGCGAGCUAGGCUGUUGUUCAGCUACAUUCCCGCCUUGCCGUUCAUUAUCAAUACGUGGGUCAGUGGCAACAUCACCGAAGCGGUCCUGGCCGCGACCACCUGGAAAUGGGGAAUCGGGAUGUGGUGCAUCAUCUAUCCCGUCUGCUCCCUGCCGCUGAUGAUUUCGCUCUGGGUGGUGGCUCGUCGCGCUCGCAAGGCCGGCAUUCUGGACAAAUACAAAUCCCCAUACGAGUCGUUGGGCGCGAGAAAGUUGGCGGUGGAGCUCUUCUGGAGCCUCGAUGUGAUCGGAAUCAUUUUACUCAUUGCCGUCUUCGCUCUCGUUCUCGUUCCCUUGACCCUUGCAGGCGGUUAUGCCACCAAGUGGCGCGAGGCCCAUAUCAUUGCGCCUCUGGUCGUCGGCGUGCUGUGUAUCCCGGCAUUCAUUGUCUGGGAGCUUAGGGCUCCUCGUCCUCUUGUGCCAUUCUAUCUCCUGAAAGACAGGGCCGUCUGGGGCGCGCUGGGGAUUGCGUGCACGCUCAACUUUGCGUGGUACAUGCAAGGCGACUACAUUUUCACUGUGCUCCGGGUGGCCUUCAACUUCAGCGUCAUGGGAGCAACCCGGAUCAGUUCUCUCUACAGCUUCACAUCUGUCAUCACUGGAUUCCUCCUGGGAUUGAUCGUUUUCAAGGUUCGACGGCUGAAAUGGUUUAUCGUGGCGGGUACCUGUUUGUUCCUGGUGGCCUUUGGCCUGCUGAUCCACUACCGAGGGUCACCUACGUCGGCCGGUCAAUCCGGUGUGAUUGGGGCACAGGUGUUGUUGGGUUUCGCAGGUGGUAUGUUUCCAUACCCAGCGCAAGCGUCCAUUCAGGCGGCUUCCAAGCAUGAGCAUCUGGCUGUCAUCACCGGCCUCUACCUUGCCACGUACAACAUUGGUUCCGCGUUUGGCGGCGCGGUUUCGGGCGCUAUCUGGACGCAAAUCCUGCCAAAGCAGCUGGAAGAGCGCUUGGAACCCUUUGGCAAUUCGACGCUGGCUACAUUGACAUAUGGGGAUCCAUUUACAAUCAUCGGCGAAUAUCCUGUCGGCACCCCAGUCCGAACCGCCAUCGUUGCCGCCUACCAGCAUGCCCAAAGGCUUCUCUGCAUCACGGGCAUUUGUCUGUGCGUGUUGUUGAUUGGAUUUGCAUUCUGUCUGAGAAACCCGAGGCUGGGCGACGAACAGACCUUGCGCGAGGUAGAGGAGAAGGAGACCAUCCGCUAA